UUCAACGACCCCAAUUGUGACCCCAACGAGCGAGAAUUAGAACCAUUACAAUAUUUAUUCUUCCCUUGCGGAAAACGUGCUACCUGUCGCUGCUUAUUUCAUGAUACGGGGCAAUUCCAAGGAUCGCAUCUCCGUCUCUCGAUCUCUAAUGGAAUCGUCGACGAACCUUGUGUCCGUCAACGCCUCUCUGCGCCUCAUCACCCUCCUCCUCUUCCUCCUCCCGGCUGCUCUUGGCUCGGCCACCACCGGUUGUUACUCCUCCAUCUUUAGCUUCGGCGACUCCCUUGCCGACACAGGAAACCUGCUCCACACCCUCGGCAGGGACGGCACCCGCAUCGGCCGCCCGCCGUACGGCAUGACCUACUUCCAUCGCCCCACCGGCCGCUUCUCCGACGGCCGGCUCAUCGUUGACUUCAUCGCGCAAGCGAUGGGGCUGCCGCUGCUGCCGCCGUAUCUGGAGGAGACGACGGGCGGAGACAUGAGGAAGGGGGUGAACUUCGCGGUGGGAGGGGCGACGGCGAUGGAGAAUGGAUUCUUUAGGAAGAGAGGGAUCCAUAUCAAGUUCACCAACGUCUCCUUGGGUGACCAGAUCCACUGGUUCAGGCAAUUACUGCCGUCCCUCUGCUCCUCUUCCUCAGCGUGCGAGGACAUGCUCCAUAAAUCUCUCGUCUUAAUGGGUGCGAUUGGAGGGAAUGAUUACAAUGACCCGUUCAUGGAGGGAAGAAGCUUGCGCGAGAUCAAGUCCUUCGUUCCCCGAGUCGUCUCGACCAUCAGCUCGGCCAUCGAUGAACUGAUAGAGCUGGGAGCACGAACGCUGCUGGUUCCAGGAAUCACUCCUCUCGGAUGCAACUCCGCCUAUCUCACCUAUUACCGGACUCACCAGGCCGAGGAUUACGACUCGACGACUGGUUGCCUGAAGUGGCUGAACGAGUUCUCCAUGUACCACAAUGGCCGCCUGCAAGCUGAGCUGCGGCGGCUGCAGCAACUGCAUCCUCAUGCCACCAUAAUCUAUGCCGACUACUACGGAGCUUCCAUGAGUAUAUUCAGCAACCCAAAUGCAUUCGGAUUCGGCGAGGAGCCUCUCGUGGCAUGCUGCGGGGGUGGCGGUCCAUACAACUACAACUUCUCAAGGCAAUGUGGAAGCGAAGGCUCAACGGUUUGUGGUGAUCCUUCCAGGUACGUGCACUGGGACGGCCUACAUAUGACUGAAGCAACUUACAGAAGCAUCGCAAGUGGCCUGCUACAUGGACCAUUUGCUGCUCCGGCCAUCGGCAGCACAUGCCCUAACAUCCAAUUGAGCCUGCAUGGAGAUGUUGAGGUCUCCGAGGGUUGAUUUAUAUAUUGGGAGAUGAAACUGCUUAGUUUGCUCUGUAAUAAUUAAAAGAAAAAAAAUGUAUUAUUACACUUCUGUAUUUGUGUUAAGUUGAUUUUAUUUUUUUGU